AUGUCAGCCGUCAAGAACCUCCGGGCCAUGUUCGAGCAAAAAGCCGACUCGAGCCCCCCGGAUCGGGGAAGGUCCCCUGGCCUCUCCUCCAACGGCACCGAAACCCCUCCUCCAUCAUCAACCCGCCCACUCUCCAAAAUCCGAACUAGCUUUGUUGCCGUCGAAAAGGACGGAAGAGUAGGACUCCGCCGAGAUCCAAGCAACGAGUCGAGCGUGUCCCAGCGAAGACUGAGCAGCCACACCGAGGGAGAGGCGUCUCUGUCUGGCCUCUCUGAUAAGACAAUGGCCACCGAGGACACCUCUGUGGGGUACAAGACAAACAUUGUCGGCAGCCCCAUCCCCGAGUCUCCUCGCCGUCCCGACACCGACAAGCCAACAAAUGGAGCCUCACCUCGAGACUUGGGAGCCCUGAACAACCGCCUGAGCCAAAACCUUGAUCAACACGUGGGUGUCGAGGCGCCUACACCAGAGCUGCUUCCAGGUGACCCGACGCAAAUGUCACCCGAGAAACCCGUUGCCAAUGGCACCGCCGCUACUAACACCGCCAGGACCGCAGCUCCUAAGGACUCUGCAAAGACCACUGCCAAGAUCCCUGCCAGACUGGCACCUCCUGCUACCAUCACGAGGGCAAAGACACCGCCUAGAUCUCCAGUCACUGCCAAGGCCCCUACUACGGGAGCAGCAGGCUCGAAGCCGAGCGCCCCCAAGUCUCAGCACGACACGUCAAAGAAGCCGGCCGAGAAGACGGCGACGUCGACACCCAAGUCCGGCGCAAAACCGGCAGGCGCCGGCAAGAAACCCACCCCUGUGCAGGUCUCUCCCUCCAGCGGCAUUGGUUUUGUCAAGCCCAAGGUCAAGUCGCCCACCAAGCCCGUGAAGCUGCCUGCUUCGCUGAUGGCCCCAACUGCCGCAUCCGUCCAGAAAGUCAAGGAGGCUCCCCGCGAGACUCUGUCGCGCGCCUCUGGUAACCAGGGCCGCCCGGCUAGCAGAGCGAGCGCGCCCGGUACUGCGGCGCCGCCCAAGACUCUGAAGCGUCAGAACUCAGUCAUUAACCGGCCCCGGCCCAGCAUUGGCCCGCCGCCAAAGAAGCCCCUUCAGGACCACCCCAUUACCAAGAAGGAGAAGGAGGUCGACGAGGGCUUCCUGGCUCGCAUGAUGCGACCCACGGCGAGCUCAACCUCGAAGCUGUCAGAGAAGGCUCCCGUCACCCCUCCUAGAAGCCGAAGCGCAAAGCCAAGCAGUGCCAAGAAGGCUUCUGCCUCAAGGAGUCCCAAGAGAGCGCUCUCUAGGCCAGCAGCGGUGCGGGCAGGAAGCCGCACAGGCAGCCCUCUCGCCAGCAAGAAGGAGGCCCCAGUCAAGAAGGUCGUUGAGACUGCAGAGGCUGAGGCCAUUGAUGAGGCCCCAAGAACCCCAGAGGCCAAGGCACCGGCUACACCAGAGCCCAUUACCAAGGAGGCUGUGACGGAAGCCAGCCCGGCCAAGGAGGCCGAGGUUGAGGCUCCCGUCGAGGACACUGAAAGUGCGGCAUCUGAGCUGGAGGCCGUCGCUGAGGAGCGUGUUGAGGAGCCCGAGCUCGAAGACAUCACGCAACAGACUGCGAAGCUCGGCCUCGAGGAGGAAGACACUGAGGACCAAGAGCUUAAGAGCCCGGAUGAGUUCGAGGAACUGUUGGCCGAUGAGAAGGAGUCUGCGGAGGGCAAGACAGAAUCGGCUCCGGCCCCCGAUGUGGCGACCACAGAAGUCAAGACUGGGACUGCAUGA